AUGUCGCAGAAGUCGGAGAAUUGUGCAGCGAAAGCAACUGGAACACCUGGUUUCGAUGAGCUGCAAGGAUAUACAGACAACACCGCGGCAGAGAUCAUGACCGCCCACGCAAGUAGCGUUCCUUCCGUCGUUAUAUUAUCCCCUCCUAGCCCGAGAAAUCAGGUAAAUGCUGUCGUUACCAAUACUAAUACAUCCCGAUCCGGACCUAACAUAACAAACGUUGUCAAUGUCGAUAAGAGGAACGAAGGUGCCGCGACUAUCGUCCGUAGAAAUCCGUUACGCGAGGUUCGUAGAAAUGUAGAUCAUCGUUGCCGGCUGUGUGAAAGGCGCGACAAUGAAGAAAUGGUGCAAUGUGACGGCUGCGACAGGUGGUUCCACUUCGUGUGCGUUCACGUUACGGAGGACAUCGCUAACGUCAGCUGGAUCUGUCCAAUCUGCAAGACCUCAUCUUUCAUUAUCCCCCCCACCAGCACUAACAAUCUGUUUGCCGAUCAACGAAACCAAGUUCCACCCCCACCAACCAAACCGAUAUCGCAACGAUCUAGGAGCAAGGCCAGUUCUCGAAGUGAAGCAAGAAGAAUGAAGGAGUUGGAGAUGAAAAAGCUUGAGGAAGAGUUGGAGUUAGAAAAGCGGUUUCUUGAGCGGAAGUACAAGCUGUUGAAGGAGAUGGAGAGCGAAACAUCAUCAGUGACCGAGGAGGACGAAGAAGUCAAGCUGUCGAAGAUCGAGGAGUGGUUAGCCAAGACGGAACGACAUGGGGAAGCUGAAGAUUCCGGGUUAGUGGCAGAAGCGGCAAACGAGCAAACGCCGAACAGAUCGGCCAAGCUUGAUGAGCACCAAGCUCAAAAUGUCCAGCGGAAUACAAACCCAUCAAUUCUUCGCGUCAACCAGGGUGACCAGCGUCUACCACACCAACGAAUCCCGCAAAGUCUAACAUUUGCCCCUACGCCAGCACCAAACUUGUCACACAACUGUCAUUCGCAAGGCGUUCACUAUUCCAUCAACGCAAGAUCGCAGUUUGUCCACGCUCAAGUUCAAAAUGAACGUUACGAAACCGAAGUUCGUCCAGCACACUCCGUUUCGCUGGCAGCUGACCGUGAACCAAGGUUUUCAUCAUCGACGUUGCCGCGUACGCAUUUCGGUCAAUACUCUAGGGAGUACCAGGAAGAUAAUCAACAUUCAAGGGUACCACAAGGGUAUACGAACGUAGCGUCUAUUCCAGCAAUAAACCCUGGUAGAAUAAACGAGUUUGCUCCAGGACAGCGAUCAACACCGAUAAGGACAGUUCAGCCGGAAUCCGGCCAAGCUGCGUUCAACGAAGAAACCUUAGGCGUACUCAAUCGUAGCCAGAUUGCAGCCCGCCAAGCAGUGUCUAGAGAUCUACCAGACUUCGAUGGAUCAUUGGAGGAAUGGCCUCUCUUCUACGCAACAUUUCAUUCGUCUACGCAGAUGUGCGGAUUCACUAACGAGGAGAAUAUGUUACGAUUGCGAAAAUGCCUGAAGGGCAAGGCAUUGGAGGCGGUUAAGUGCGAGUUACUCCAUCCUGCGAAUGUAGCUGAUGUAAUGUCGACGUUGAAGAUGCUCUAUGGUCGACCGGAUGCGAUCGUGCAAUCGAUUAUCAAGCGUAUCAGACAGCUUCCUUCGCCAAACACGGAAAAGCUUGAUACAAUCGUAAAUUUCGCGUUAACCGUGAAGAAUAUGGUUGCGAUGAUACGAGCUUGUGAAGUGAAUGAUUUUAUCUUCAACGCCUCUCUUCGUUACGAGCUAGUGGAGCGUCUGCCUGCGUCGUUGAAGUUAGAUUGGGCGAGGUUCACCCGCAAUUACCCUGAUCCUAACUUGGCAGUUUUCAGCACCUGGCUGUACACUAUUGCGGAAGACGCAAGUACAGUAAUGGCUACGCCUGGACAAGAAGCGCGAAGUAAAGUGGUCAAACGGGACGGUUUUCUGAACUUUCAUUCAGAAUCGGAGUCCUGUAGUGAAAAGCCAAGCGAGCCAGCCUGCAAGUUCACAUCGGUUACAACGAAUAACCCCGUCAAGGAUGCGUGUGUGGUAUGUAAAGGAGGCUGCCCUACGGUCGCAAAAUGUAGCAGAUUCGAAGAAUUUAGUUAUGAUUCCAAGUGGGCAACAAUAAAGGAAUGUAAGCUAUGUCGCAAAUGUCUUCGAAGACACAAUGGUUCUUGUAAGUUGCAGAGAAAGUGUGAAGUGAAUGGAUGCACGUUCUUGCACCAUCCUUUGCUUCACAAACCUGAGAGCUUAAACCCUAAGCCGUAUCCGACAAAGCAAACUAGCACUUCUCCAGAGCACAAAGAUUCCGAGUCAAGUUGCAACGUUCACCAAGGGCAGUCAGCAGUAUUGUUCCGUAUACUGCCAGUCGUGUUGUAUGGACCAAAGAAGAUAGUGCGAACAUACGCGUUCAUUGAUGACGGAUCGGAGCUUACUCUCAUUGAACAAAGUCUCGCGGACGAGCUAGGUAUCGAAGGUCCGAAAAAAUCCUUGUGCUUGAAAUGGACCGGUGGAACACGUAAAAUGGAAAAUGAGUCGCAGCAAGUAAAUCUACAGAUCUCCGGCGUGGGCAACGAGGCAACGAAGUUCGAACUUUUGGGCAUUAACACUCUAUCGUCACUUCAGAUCCGCCCACAGACGCUCAUGCUCUCUGAGUUACAGAAGAAGUUCCCACAUCUUGCAGGACUGCCACUUGAAUCCUAUCGUGAUGUGAGCCCACGGCUCCUGAUCGGUUUGGAUUUCGCUAACCUUGGACAUGGGAGUAACAGUCGAGAAGGAAAGUGGAACGAACCCAUCGCAGUUAAAACUCGGUUAGGAUGGAUGGUUUAUGGUAACUGCACUGGGAAAGAAGAUACCAUCGGAUACACGAACUACCACAGCGUCCAAGUCUGCGAAUGUAAUCGUGAAUACGAUGACAACCUUCACAAAGCGAUGAAAUCAUACUUUUCACUAGACAGUAUGGGAAUCAUCAAACCGAACAAACCCGUACUCUCCCAAGAAGACCAACGGGCACAGAUGUUGCUGGAAUCCCUCACCCGACAAACAAACAAUCGAUACGAAUCUGGCCUUCUGUGGAAAUACGACCAGGUGCGGCUACCGGACAGUGAGCCAAUGGCGCAAAGACGAUGGAAAUGUUUGGAACAUCGAUUAAACAAGGAUCCAGCUCUUGCCGAAACACUCAAACAGAAAAUCCAGGAGCACAUAAGUAAGGGCUAUAUUAGAAAGCUGACUGAAGAAGAGAUCCGUGCACAAUACGAACGAGUUUGGUACCUUCCCAUUUUUGUAGUCACGAACGCUAACAAACCGGGUAAGAUACGCCUAGUUUGGGAUGCUGCAGCCACCGCACACGGCGUCUCUUUAAAUUCAGUCCUUCUGAAAGGUCCCGAUCAACUAUGUUCUCUUUUCUCUGUUCUGAUCCGCUUCCGCGAGUACCGAGUGGCAGUAUGUGGUGACAUUAGAGAAAUGUACCACCAGGUACAAAUGCGGGACGAAGAUCAGCAAUGUCAACGCUUCCUGUGGAAAGACAGUAGUGAGACCAUACCUAGCGUAUUCGUAGUCCAGGUAAUGACCUUCGGUGCUUGCUGUUCUCCAAGCAUUGCGCAACACGUGAAAAACAGCAAUGCAAAGCAGUUUGAGCAGGACCAUCCAGAGGCAGUCGAGGCGAUUAUCAAGCGGCACUACGUGGAUGAUAUGCUCGUCAGUACCGAAACUGAGGAAGAGGCUGUAAAACUAGCACAAGACGUAAAAGGGAUUCACCAGAAUGCAGGGUUCGAAAUACGCAAUUGGGUUUCAAAUUCCAGUACAGUUCGAGCAGCGCUAGAAGGAGAAGCCACCGGAGAAAAGAACAUGGACAUCAGUGAAACGGACGCAGCAGAAAAGGUACUAGGCAUGUGGUGGAAUACCUCAACAGACCGCUUCACUUACAAAAUGUCGGCCAGAUACGACGAAAACCUGCUUUCUGGUAAUCGCCGUCCAACCAAGCGACAGGUUCUACGAACCCUCAUGAUGGUUUUCGAUCCCAUGGGGUUUAUUGCGCAAAUCUUGAUGUUUUUGAAAGUUCUCCUCCAAGAAAUUUGGCGAACGCGAGUGGGAUGGGAUGAUCCAAUCGAAGAUGCACAAUUCGAGAAAUGGCUAACAUGGUUGGCUAUUUUCCCAAAGAUUGAGACCGUCGAAGUUCCACGUUGCUACCGUGUAUUGACAUCUGUGAAAUCCACAGUCCAAAUGCAUACGUUCGUUGAUGCAAGCGAAAGCGGAUUUGCGGCGGUUGUUUACCUCCGUUUCCAAGAAGGCGAUGUGAUAGAAUGCUCGUUAGUUGGAGCCAAAACCAGAGUGGCACCCCUGAAAUUCCUAUCAAUUCCACGUUCCGAGUUACAAGCAGCUCUACUUGGCGUUCGUCUGUCUGAUUCGAUACUGAAGUCGCUUUCUAUCAGCGUUAGCCAACGAUAUUUUUGGACGGAUUCUAAAGACGUUCUCUGCUGGUUGGGAUCCGAUCAUCGUCGUUACAGUCAGUUUGUGGCUUUCCGAGUGAGCGAAAUUCUGGAAUCAACAGAAAUUACCGAUUGGCGGUGGGUUUCGACUAAGCAUAACGUAGCAGAUGAAGGAACAAAAUGGACACGACUUCCAGAUUUGUCAACCGACAGUCGCUGGUUCCGGGGACCCGAUUUUCUCUGGCAAGUCGAGGAAACUUGGCCCGUAUCUCCAUGUUUCAGAAAAUCGACUGACGAAGAGCUUCGCCCUCAUUUGCUUCUUCACGAAAAGAUUAACGAGCCAGUCAUCAGAAUACAAGACUUCUCCAAGUGGACUCCCCUGCUUCGCCAAACCGCUCUCAUCAUUCGGUAUCUGGAUAACCUAAAGCGUUCAGCCAAAAAAGAGCACCGCAGUUGUGGCCCACUAACUCAACCAGAACUGGCUAAAGCAGAGAAUUACUUGUUUCGCCAAGCACAGUCAGAAACAUAUGCCGAUGAAAUUGUCACAUUGGCAAUUCAUCCGCGAACUUCGACGAAGCGAAUCAUCAGAAACAACCCGCUGUUUCGGAGUGCCUUUAUCGAUGAAAACGGAGUCGCACGUGUUCAAGGGCGAACUAAGGAGUGCGAGUUUGCCGCCCGUGAUGCUGUUGAGCCCAUUAUUCUUCCCCGUCAUCAUCAUAUCACACGUUUAAUCGUUGCCGAUGCUCAUGAGAGAUUCAACCAUCAGAAUCAUACGACAAUCAUCAACGAACUUUUACAACGUUACCGCAUUCCUCGUAUGAAGGCUACGUACCAUGCUGUUCGACGAAACUGCCAGUACUGUAAAAACCUACAAGCAAAACCGCAACCACCAAUGAUGGCUGAUCUUCCUCAGUCGCGCUUAGCAACCUUUAGUCGUCCAUUCACCUAUAUGGGGGUGGAUUAUUUCGGGCCAAUUUUGGUCUCCGUGGGCCGUCAUUCUGAAAAACGGUGGGGGGUCAUUGCAACUUGCCUAACCACUCGUGCCAUCCACCUGCAAAUCGCUCACACACUUUCAACGAACUCUUGUGUAAUGGCGAUCCGGAAUGUUAUGGCUAGGAGGGGAAUUCCUGCCGUUAUUUAUAGCGACCGUGGUACCAACUUUCAAGCUACCAAUAAGGAACUAAAGGCAGCAAUUCAACAACUCGACCAUGACAAACUAGCGAAUGAGUUUACUUCCAGUCGAACUCAGUGGAUCUUCAUCCCACCCCUAUCGCCACAUAUGGGUGGAGCCUGGGAACGGUUGAUACGUACUGUUAAGCAGAACUUAGUUGCAAUGCAGCUAAGCCGGUUACCUACCGAUGAAGUACUACAGAACGCAAUAGUGGAGGUCGAAAAUAUCGUUAACUCGCGUCCAUUAACCGACAUCCCACUCGAUGAUGAUGAUUCACCCGUGCUGACACCCAACCAUUUUCUGCUGGGAUCAGCAAACGGUGUUAGAUCUUGGGUUCCAUUCGACAAUAGUCCGGUGGCGCUUAGGAAUUCCUACACACAAUCUCAAGCCAUGGCCAACGUUUUCUGGAAACGGUGGAUACGGGAUUAUCUUCCUAUUCUCACGCGACGAUCGAAGUGGUUUAUUCCAACGAAGCCUAUUGAAGUUGGAGACAUCGUGAUGAUCGUAGAUCAUAAGCUGCCUCGUAACUGCUGGCCGAAGGCCAGAGUGAUUUCUACACGCACUGCUCCCGAUGGUCAGGUGCGUUCGGCCACCGUUCAAACAGCGUCCGGUGGAAUCUACGAGCGUUCUGCGGUAUCGUUAGCUGUACUCGACAUAGGCGUUGGAAAGAAUACGCAUAUGGAUGGCCGUCUGCGUAUUCCGGGGGGGAGUGUUAAGUGCGCCCAGUCAACAGCUGCUGAGUCGGCAUCCCCCACAUGA